CACCACCCCCGGCCCGGUCACGUCCACUGCUGUUUUGUUCUGAGCUCCCGCAUUUCCCAUCGUUCGAUCGUUUUCAGAGCCCAAUCGUAUUGAAAGUACCUUACCUAAUCCCCCCUAAUUACGUCCAGCCUCCGUGGUCUGGCCUGAUUCCCAUCCAUGAUCUGCAUAGAUCGACAACUCAAGCUCAUCUCCUACAAGUACAAUUCACGCCUAGAAGCUCGAUUCCUCCCGUCCCCGAGUGCUACCCUGUUUCCCACAUUCCCAUCAUCUCAUCAAACCCAUCUACAUCGCGACAAAAGCUCACCCUCUCGAGGCAACACAUGCUCUCGUCACAGUCGAUUAAACAGAUUACCAAACCCUUACCACAUCCCCAUCGAAAGAUAUCAUGAUGAAGAUGAAUACCGUCACGAUGGACGAGUACGGAGCGCCGUGCUUCCCUCACGAGACCCUUCUCACUCCUCCCGAGUCCCCCGAGCUCAAGCCCCCCGAGGUCCCAGAAGUCAAAGAAGAUGCCCCAAGCAACACCACCAGCAUUCCCAUUCGCAAGAGCAGGAGCCCCUCCUCCAAGAGAUGGAAUGGCGACGGCAAGGGUAUCCAGGUUGACAUUGGCGCCCGUCUGCGCGAGUACCUCGACUGCCUCAACAACCGCAAAUUCGACGUCAUCGGCAACCAUCUCGCCGACACCCUGGAGCGCAACAAUCGCACUCAGACACGCGAAGAGCACGUCGAGCGCCUCCGCUCGCGCGUCCAAGGUCUUGCAAACUUCAAGAUCAAAAUCGACACCCUCCUCGUUGACAAAAAGGCCCAGGCCGUGGCCGUGCGAUACAUCAAUUGCGUCACACUCGCCGAAGCGAUGAUGGACGUCGACCCCGUCGGCACAACGUACGAAUUCGACGAGCAGUGCUUCGUGUGGUUCGAUGACAGGGGCAAGAUCUCGCGCAUGCUCACGCUGCAGGAUAACGAUGGCAUCCGCCUGCAGACACCCGAGGCCGCGACUACGCCGCGCUUCUUUAUGCGGAGCCUGCCUGCGGAACCUAUCGAUCUUGCGGCAACGUACCGCAAGUAUGUCGCGAGCAUCAACCGACGCAGCAUGGUCAAAGAGUUUCCGCGAUACUGUAAGAAGGAGCUGCGACACAACAACCGCGUUCUCUCGGUGCAGGAUUACGCGCGCAGCAUGCAGUACAGCCAGGAGGCGAUUUCGGGAUUGUGGUUCAACAUCCAGGAGUUGCUUGUCGACGAGGAGACGCAGCAGGUUGCUGUGAGGCUGCAGAUUUCGGGGACGCCUGUGCAGGAGUUUGCUGACGCGAAGCCUAAUGGGAAGAGCGUCAAGUUCCACCAGCACUGCAUGUAUCGCUACGACAAGGGCAAGAUCGCGCUUGUGUGGGCGACGAUGGAGCUUGAUUCGUACCGGAGACAGCUUCAGGAGAAGCCUGGUGAUAGGAGAACAUCGUCCAUGCUGGGCAUCAACUGAGUCACGAGACAACCCUCAACGGCGCUGUAUUGUAUUAUUAGAUCACGAUUUGACGGACUCUGGGAAUUUUUGGGAAGACGAGAGCCGGGAAGGUUUGGAGCGUGGCGCUCUGACGCUGGGAGUUUUGGAUCUUUCUGGUUUCAAGGGCAGCUUUGAGAUAAUUGUAAUAUGCGGUUGCUAGUUGGCAGCAUAUCUCCCCACAAAGAGAAGCAGAGUUAAAGCCGUGACGGUCUGCUCAUAACUUGCCACAACAUUCAUGAUACCCGCCACACCACUGAUAGGAAUAUCAGUCAAGAACCUGAUAUCGGAGUGUUCAAUUCCAC